AUGAAAGAGAAGAAACGCAGUCUAGGCCUUUCUGCCUUUUUUGCAGGCGCAAUGAGGGCUGUUGAUCAGGGCGAAAGCGUGUUCAGCAUGUUCAAGAGCGAAUUAGCGCCACAGGACGAGGGUCUUGAACAACUCAAGCUCGAGCUUGGGGUGGAGCUGGAGUUGCAGCUGGAACAGGCUCGCUGCGGAUGA